AUGGCAGGAAGUAGCUUCGAUUAUGAACAGUACUCCUGGAGCUACAUGAGAUUGGAAGGGACAUGGCAAGAUUUGAAGUCACGAGCAAAAAUAAAAGCAUCCACCAAUAAACGAUAUGCCAGAGGUACUGGUGGUGGACCUCCACAAGAAGAUCCUUUGACUAAAACAGAGGAGGACAUAAUGGAAAUUAUAAAGGAAGUUUGUGCCGAAGGGCACAAGGAAACCAACGAAUCGGAAGUGAAAUUUAAUUUCAAUUCAAUUAUGAAUAAUGAUAUUGAUUUCAUUCCUGACGAAAACAUACAAGAAAUUCCAGUAGUGAUAUCUUCUUCAUGUAAUAAUGUGGAUACCAUUAAAAACAUCGUGGAACCGAUUGCACCUUCUACGCCAGGAAAUGAUAUUACGAAGGGUGUAUGUACCCCAAGAGUGCCAAAAAAUAAACAAUUGCACCACACUUUACAAGCCCUAAACAGCUUUCAGCAGAAUCUUGACACCCAAUCAAGCAUUCAGAAGCAGUAUUAUGAAGAGAAGAUAAAGGUGUUGACAAGGAUAGCUGUUGCGAAGGAAAAAGCUGUUGAAGUGAAAAAUCGGAUUGUAGUCGCAUUGGAAGCUAUCGCUGACAGCAUAUCAUAA